AGUUGCCUAAAGAAAUGGGUUGUUGCUCGUCGAGGUCAAAACCUCAGCCAAUGAACUAUAGGAAACAAACCCUCGGAAAUGAGUGAAAAGAUUAGAAAAAUGAGGAAGGUUAAGUUCAUUAGUUCAUGAGAGAGGAAAAGAAAACGAGAGGUUUCUAAAAUUACCUAAACAAUAAACUAACCCCACCCCACCUUAAAACGAUCAAGAACAACGCAAAGGCUUCUUCUCCCCCAUCUCCACCCCGACAUCUACCCAUCUAGUACAGCCACAAUUGAAGAUUUCCUGUCAAAGAAAAAAAAAAUCCAAAUCUCACUCUGCCCCCCAUUCCCUUUAUCUAUUUACGAUUUUUCUGAUCUCUGAUCGGACGCUGUCACCAUAAAUCUAAAUGGGAUUUUCCAGCUAAGAUUGCUGUUGAAGUCACCAUACACAUGGGCUGUCAAAACCCCGACAACCAGAUUCAAGUUUCCAGAAAUUGGGUCGUUGGUUUGGAACAUAAGCAGAAACUUGAAUUAAAACUGGGUUUCGGUCUUGGUUUGGAUCUAGCAUUGAUAAACAUUUCAAUUGCUGGAUGGUUUGGAUGAGACAUGUGAGUGAGAUAUGGUAUCAUCUGGGUUCAUGAAGAUCGUCACGCCCUGUUGGAAGCCUUCUGUUGAGGACAGUAAAAGCGGAGAUGCAAGUGGACGGGUCGAUGGGUUGCUGUGGUAUAAGGAUUCAGGGCACCAUGUUAACGGGGAAUUCUCCAUGGCUGUAAUUCAAGCCAACAACUUAUUGGAAGAUCAGAGCCAACUCGAGUCGGGACCAUUGAGCUCUCUUGAUUCAGGCCCACAAGGGACGUUCGUUGGAAUUUAUGAUGGCCAUGGCGGUCCGGAGACGUCCAGGUUCAUAAACGACCGACUGUUCCAAAAUCUCAAGAAAUUCACAUCGGAGCGUCAGGGGAUAUCAGUCGAUGUUAUCAGCAAAGCAUUCUCAGCAACAGAAGAGGAAUUCCUCUCUCUUGUAAAGAAGCAAUGGUUGAAUAAGCCACAGAUUGCAUCAGUUGGGUCAUGUUGUUUGGUGGGGAUCAUAUGUAGUGGAGUGCUAUAUAUUGCGAAUGCUGGAGAUUCUCGAGUAGUUUUAGGGAGAUCUGAGAGGGCCAUCAGAGAUGUUACAGCUGUUCAGUUAUCGACAGAGCACAACGCAAGUAAUGAGUCUGUAAGAGAAGAGCUACGCAAAUUGCAUCCUGACGAUUCACAGAUAGUGGUUUUGAAGCACAAGGUUUGGCGUGUGAAGGGUCUUAUACAGGUUUCAAGAUCCAUUGGUGAUGCCUACUUGAAGAAGGCAGAGUUCAACAAAGAACCUUUGCUAGCAAAGUUUAGACUUCCCAAACCCUUUCAUAAGCCCAUCCUUAGUGCUGAGCCAUCAAUAUUGGUGCAGAAACUCAGCCCUGAAGAUCAGUUUCUUAUAUUUGCAUCCGAUGGUCUAUGGGAGCACCUUAGUAAUCAGGAGGCUGUUGACAUUGUUCACAACUAUCCACGCAAUGGAAUUGCUAAAAGAUUAAUCAAAACUGCACUCCGGGAAGCUGCAAAAAAGAGAGAAAUGAGAUACUCAGACCUGAAAAAGAUUGAUCGAGGAGUGAGGAGGCAUUUUCAUGACGAUAUCACGGUUAUAGUUUUAUUUUUAGACUACCAUCUAAUCAGUAGGAGCUCCAGCCGUGGUGUACCCUUUUCGAUUAGAGGAGCAGGGGGAGUGCCUGCACAUGCUAAAACUCCUAGUCAACGAGUUUAGUUCUCUGUCUUGCAAACCUCCUAUCUCCUCAUUUAUAUCGAGAAAUAAGGAAAAAAAUUAUGUAUAUUAAGGCUUCCCAAAAUGUUUCUUCACCAUUGCUCUCAGAGGAGCUGAUAGAGUUGGUGUUCAAGUUGGGAAAUGCCUUGUGAAGAAAAGUUACCAUUGUAAAAAGUGCCUAGAAAUCAGAAAUGAAAUUUAAAAGAUACUUUUCAGUUCAGCAAUUGUGGUUUGGCUUGUGGAAGUAAUCAGAAAGUGGUACCUCUGGAUAAGAGAGUCAAAACCAGGAUAAUAAUCA